CUUCAAGGUCCUCAUUGCUGCUCAGUACAGUGGGGCUCAGCUCCGUGCGCAUUCUGCACCACCCCACUUCCACUUUUACUAAAGGAACCACACUCCUGAAUUUCCUUCCUAUCUUCCUGAUGGCAAGUUUCCAGCAUUUGAGGGGGGCAAUGGAUUCUGGGUGUUUAAGAGCAACACCAUUCAUUGCCUACCAUGUGAGCAAUGAGUCGCUGCAGGGAAAUCCUCAGAGACAGCAGCCCAGGUGGUGCAGUGAGUGAGCUUGGCUGACAGUGACAUAGUCCCCCCAGCUAGUACCUGGGUGUUCCCCACCUUGGGCAUCAUCAUGCACCACAACAGGCAGGUCACAGAGACUGUGAAGGAGGAGGUGAGGCAAAUUCUGGGGAUGCUGGAUGCUCACAUGAAGAUGAGGACUUUUCUGAUGGGUGAACUUGUGACAUUGGCUGGCAUCUCAGUUGUCUGCACCCUGUUGUGGCUCUACGAACAGGUCCUUGAGCCUUCUUUUUGCAAGGCCUUCCCCAGUGCCAGUCAAUGGCUCCUUACCUGUAUUGACCAGCCCCAGUUCCGGGCUGUGUUGUGGGAGGUAAAACUGUGAGAAGAUGGCCCAGUUUGAUGCUAAGAACUUUGCAGAGAGCCGGCCUUAAAAGGACACCCCAUAGAAGGAGAAUGGUUCACAGGAGGAGAAGCAGAAGCCCCAGGGUGAGUGGAAAAUGGAGAAAAAGGUGGCUGCCUCUGCUCCCAAGGGGGAAAUGGAUGAAAGUGUGCAGGCACUGCCUGCCGAGCCAAAGGCCAAAGACCCCUUCGCUCACCUGCCCAAGAGUACCUCUGUGUUGGAUGAAUUUAAGUGCAAGGAGUCCAAUGAGGACACACUUUCUGUGGUGCUGCCGUAUUUCUGGGAGCACUUUGAUAAGGAUGGCUGGUGCCUGUGCCAUUCUGAGUACCGCUUCCCUGAAGAGCUCACCCAGAACUUCAUGAGCUGCAUCCUUAUCACUGGAAUGUUCCAGCAUUUGGACAAGCUGAGGAAGAAUGCCUAUGCCAGAGUCAUCCUCUUUGGAACCAACAAGGGCCACUCCAUUUCUGGAGUGGGGGUCUUCUGAGGCCAGGAGCUUGCCUUUCCUCUGAGUCCAGAUCGAAAUGUGGACUGAGUAAUACACAUGGCAGGAGCUGGAUCCUGGCAGUGAGGAGACCCAGAUGCUAGUUUUAGAGUACUUUUCCUAGGAGGGGGCCUGCCAGCAUGUUGGCCAAGCUUUUAAUCAGGGAAGUAUCUUCAGCUGAACAUCUCUUGCCAUCACAUAGCUGCCUGCACCUGCCUUUCA